AUGCUGAUUACCGAGGGUUCGUUGCUCAAAUUUGAUGGACUUCUGUUGCAACGGGACAGCGAUGAAUUUGCCCUACAUGCUAGCAAGUUUGAGAAAGUGAUUGACAGGAUUUUUGUCGAAAGCGUUUAUGGCAAAAAAUAUGCUGGUUCAGAAAUACAGAUUCUUUUCCUUAGAUUCCUGCCAACAAUUCCAGCGCUUGAAGUGUCGUUCAUGACCAGAACAGCUCGAGAUCUCGAUGUUGAUGCAUACGAUUUAACAUUAAUGCUUCGCAAACAUAUAGCAAUGCAUGGAUUUGAUGGCAACAGUGUUGAAAGCAACAGUAUCAGCUUCAUAGAGAACAAUUAA